AUGGCAACAUCAAGGUUUUCCACGGUCCUCGCUCGAAACUGGAAGACUCUGAACAAUACCACCAUCUGCAAUCGUUGUCUGCAGUCACGGAGAUCCGUCACAUCCCAAGCAGCCGCAGCACCGUCAGACCCCGAGCUCGAACAACUGACCUCCCUAUCACAAACCACAGACCUGACAAGUCACGUAAAAGACUUUGAUCCUGUCAAGGUCGCGAAAGGUCGAAGACGACAACUCCCACCUAGCAGAUACCAGUUCCGCAGUCCCAAAUAUGACCGUGGUCCUCUUCACCCUCAUCAGCCUCUCCCUCCCUCCGAUCCGGCUAGUCGAGAAUUCGUCCCCGGUCCCUUUUCCACUCCUCGACUGGAGCAAGGAUACCACAGCAUCAUCGCUCCAGACUUCAUGACUAUGUGCUACCAGCAUACCCCUCCCGGCUUCCGUGCUCUCGAGAAAGGUCCACGCCUACGUCCGUGGAUAGGAGACUCGCCUUACUUUGCAAACAGACACCUCCGUGGUCCUCGUGGUGGAGAUGUUCUGCGUCUGCUGAGGAAACCAAUCACAUUCCGGAAUGUUCCCAUGGUUGAACGGGUUACGGUGCACGCGUACGUCAAAGAAGCGUUGAAAAGGGGAUCAUCGCACCUCCACGUAGCAGGCAUGGUAAUGCAAGCCAUCACCAACCACAGGGCUGAGAUCCACCGCUCGAGAACAAAUGAAGCCACAUGGGGCGUCAUCAAGGGUAAGCCGUGCAGUAUGACGGUCGACCUGAAGGGAGAGGACAUGUACCACUUCCUUGGCAAGUUGAUUGAUGUCGUUCUGCCGCGAAUCAAGGAUUGGAAUGGUGUACGCGCCACGACUGGAGAUAACAGUGGAAAUCUCUCGUUUGGGUUGAACCCGGAAGUCGUUGCUGGCUUUCCAGAAAUCGAAGUCAACUAUGACGCCUAUCCUGGAAAGAUGAUUCCUGGCCUGCAUAUCACUAUUCACACCACCGCUACCUGUGACAAGGACGCUCGACUUCUUCUUCAACAGCUCGGUAUUCCGUUCUACGGCAAAAUUGUGGAUUAG